GAUGACCUCCAGAAUGCUUACACAUCAUACCAACACGCUUUGUUUCAUUUGCCCAAUCCAAAGGACUCACAGGUGUGGUAUGGUAUUGGAAUGCUAUAUGAAAGAUGCGGAUCAUAUGAGCAUGCCGAAGAGGCUUUCACUGGAGUGCUCAAAAUGGAUCCCAACUCAGACAAGAAGACAGAGAUUCUUUUUCGUCUUGGCACUAUCUACAAGCAAACACAAAAGUAUCCUCAGUCGCUGGAGUGCUUUUCCUGCAUCGUCACAUGUCCACCUGCUCCGCGCACAGCAGCAGAUGUUUGGCUGCAAAUAGGACACAUUUAUGAGCUGCAACAGCAAUAUGACAAAGCCAUGGAAGCAUACCAGAACGGAAUGAAUGACAACGCGAACCAUCCCAAACUUCUUCAGCAUGUUGCUUGGCUCCGAUUGUUAGAUUCCCCCUUCCAGAGUGUACAAACUGCCAUCACGCUUUUGACAAAAGCAACAGAGCUAGAUCCCAACGAUGCUCAGAGCUGGUAUAUUCUUGGAAGGUGCCAAGUGGGCAUAAGGGAUUAUAACAAAGCGCACUUUGCGUAUCAACAAGCCGUGUAUCGUGACGAAAGGAAUCCAACUCUAUGGUGCAGUAUUGGCAUCCUCUACUUCAAAAUUGGACAGUACAAAGAGGCUUUGGAUGCAUACAGCAAAGCGAUCCGCUUCAACCCAUAUAUGAGUGCAGUGUGGUACAAUCUUGGGACUCUGUACGAGUCAUGCAAACAACCUCCAGAUGCCAAGGAUGCAUAUCAGCAUGCUUUGGAGCUUGACCAGGAUAGUCCUUAUAUUCGGGAAAGAUUGCAUCGGCUU